AUGAAAAAAGUAUCAUCGAUCAAUAGUUUCUUUAAGAGAAUCAAUCAAUCUAGUUCGUCGUUGCCAGUGGGUGGCGUGUCGCCUGGCAGCGGAAACACUGCACCAUUGUCAAGCUCGACACAGGUCACUGGCGUGGAGUACGACCCCGAGGACAGCUUCUUCAGCACGACACCACUUAGCACGCCAUCCUCAUCGCACAGCUCACUGCCAACGGUAGGCGGAACAGUCGUCGAUCAACACAAUGUGGAUGGCGCGGCAUCCUCCUCGUCUGCCGCACAGCCACACCAAUCACAGCAGACGAUGGCCGUGUUUGCUGAGCAGAUCUUAGCCGCCACAAACAACCUGGCCAUCGAUAACUAUAUAUUCAGUCCGCGCACAUCGCCCGCUGGUUCGCUGCGCGACGACGACGCUCCCAAUGACUGCGCGGCGGACGAGGCAGAGCCACACGCACCACCCGAGGUGAUCAAAAGUGCUUUGAUCAUCUCGACAGAGACCGUGGCACCCAAUCACAAGCAACCGUACACGGCCUACAAGAUCCAGGUCGAGACCAAUCGCACAAUGUACAACGUGUUGCGUCGCUACUCUGAGUUUCUCGAGUUUGACCUGAAGCUGCACGCUGCCUACCCGCUGAGUCGUCUGCCAUUCCCGCCCAAGAAGACCUUUGGCAAGAUGAACAAUGAGUUUAUCGAGCAGCGCAAGGACCAUCUCCAGCAGUUCAUGACGGCACUCUUCACCCAUGCCACACUCGUUAAUCUCCCCAACGACCCCCUCGUCGUAGCCUUCUUUGCUCGCAGCUCAACAGACAUGCGUCAUGACACUGUAUCACCAAUGCGAAACAAUGGUCUCACAGCUGACGACCUUAUCGUCAAGUACAUUAUAUCAACACUGCCAUUCUGGUCGGACAACUUGGACUAUCGCUCAUUGUUGUCAUUGACAGAGACUUGCAACUAUUUGAUGAACACCGUGUCGCAUUAUAGUGAUCUUUGGCGACGUCACUACUGGCGACAGUAUAACGCACUGCACUUUGGUGUGUCGAGAGCGUGCUCUUGCUCAGCGGACCUUGGCGGCAACGUCGUGCCACCUCGUGAUCGUAGCAACAACAAUUCACGCCGCGACAAUAGUCUGUCGGGCUCACAAUCUGGUUCGCCCAGCCCAUUCAACCACAUCAACCAUGCGUUCAACUCGCUCAACAGCUCGUUCAACAACAUCAACAACCCAUUCACGAGUAUCAUCAAGCGCAACCAUCAGAAGCAGAGGUCAUUGGAUCACUCAUCGUCAUCACUCAACAACAGCGGCUCAGGCAUCCCCAACAACAACAACAACCACAACAUGUUGAACCAGUCAUCGAGCAGCCUCAAGACAUCGCCACACUUGGGCAACUCCCCAGCUAACAGUUCAUCAUCGCUCAACACCGACACUGUGGAGUACUCAAGACAACUGUUUCUUCAGAUGCUCUCGGUGCAUCAUUAUAUACGCACGUCAGCCGACUCCCAUCGCCUGUCCGACUGCGACUGCAUGGCGCCCAAGUUCAAGGGAACGAUCAUUGGCAUGCCCAACAUCACCUCUUCAUUCCUCCAAUCAUUCCACACCGAGUUCAAGGGUGCCAACAACCAGCAACCACACCAGAACAAGUUCCAAUCGCUCACAUCCUCAGCCGACCUUGACCAAAACCAACAACAACUACAGCAGCAACAACAAUCCAAUGGACUGCAGGUGUCUGGCGAGCGUCCACCUCUGAGUAUGAGUGCUUCGAGCGAUCCUAUCCACCUGUCCUCCUCCGUCUCGUCGACAUCAGAGAGUGUGGACAUUGACUCGGCCAGCAACUCAGUUCCACCAGCCAACUCAGCGCACACAACAUCAACCACCACGUUCAAAGUGUCGCACAUUGUGUACAAUGGCCGUCUGCUGUGCGUCAGCACACAGGACUCGACCAACCUGUCCAAGGAGGAGCGCAAGUACAAUCUGUCACUGUCACACUUUGUCGUGUUGGUCUUCUCGCUGAUUGAUGAGGCCUCGUUCGAAGCCAUUGGUGAAUGGUACGAGGAGGUCAAGCAGAUGUGUCCCGAGUCACCCAUCAUACUUGUCGGUCUGCAACGUGACCUGCGCGAGAAGGUGUCCGAGUCCAAGCCAACAGUCUCCUAUCAACAGGGCUUCCAACUGAGCCAGAGGAUACCCAACUGCGUCGGAUACUUUGAGUCACCCAGCGCUAGUGAUGGUGUCGGAGGAUGGCGUCUCUCUUUGCUCUCCGAGUUGGCAUCACAUCUCGUCAAUCACUUCCGUCAUGUGUUUGUCCAAAAUGGCCACAACAACAACCACAGCAGCAGCAACAAUAAGAAGAACAUACAGACUAUCAAAACUAGCUUCCUCUCAAAGAUAUUCCCCAAGUAUCCCGAGGAGGUGCUGUUCAAGACGCUGAACAACAAUGAUGGCGAUGUGGAGAAGUGUCUGGAGCUGCUUGCACAGGACUAUGGCAGCUUUCUCGAGUCCUCUGAGGACAGGUCUCGCAAGUCCAUGCAGAUCAGACGUCAGAGCAUUGACAAGAGCGUUGGAAGUGUCGUCAGCUCGUGGGUGUCACCGCCCACCAGCUGGAGCGAGAGUCCCAGCUCGCCACUGCGCCAGUCGGUCAAGAUCUCCGAGAGCCAGAUCAACUCUCUGGUAGAGAAGCUCAAGAAGAACUGCGACCAGUUUAGCAGAGGAUUCCUACGCAAGAAGAACCAGUCGCAGGAUCAGCAGGCCGAGAUUGUAUUGUCAUUCCUCAGGGAGAUGGGCACACAGUUGAAGUCCAGCCAAGUGUUCAGUCCACACGUACAGAACGGCGAAGCCGACGAGGACCUGACCAGUCUUCCACUGUCCGAGAUUGAGAACCAUCUCUACACCACAAUCUACAAGGCAGUGUUUGCCACUAGCGAGUCCCUGGAGAAGGAUGAGUUGCUGACCGAUCGCAUGAACAAACUUGUGUUUGUCGAGCCACAACACCUAGAGAUCAAUGAGAUGCACUGGAACAAAGACCUUUGGACCGCUGCCGAGAGGGAGCUGUUGAAUCUCAACGAACUGUCCUCGCCCUCACAGAAGUUGGAAUGUAUUCUUAACUGUUGUAAAAUAAUAUUGUUCCUGUUGUCCAACUCUGAGAGUCCUGGAGGUGCAGACGAUUUCCUUCCACACUUGAUCUAUGUUGUCAUCCAUUCCAAGGUGCCUAACCUCUUCUCCAACUUUGAGUUCACAUCCAAGUUCUGUAACACAGAGUUGUUGAAGAUGGAGCGAUAUUACUAUUUCACAACGUUUGGCAUUGCAGUCACAUUCAUAGAGAACAUUGAUGUCAAGCAUCUAAAGAUUGAUCCAGACGAGUUCAAUGCUUAUAUGAGUGGCAAGAAGAAGUACGUACGCAGGGAUACAUUGUCUAGCGAUGAUGCAGUUAGAGCCAAGAUCAUGCAAAGUAUUGGUGAUGGUCUGGAACAGAACACAUCGUCUUCCCCAGCGUCUACCGCCACAGCACCAUCAUCACCAAGCAGAUGA